GUUCAGAGUGUGCAUCAACCCAUUGAGUAGCAGCAGCAUCGGCAGCACCCAUCAACUAGAUUGCAAGCACAGCCAAGAUGAUGGGAUUCAACAAGAGAACGAGGCAGAAGACGGCGGCACCCGUGAGAGCGGGCGGAAGCACGGCCGGAGGCAGCAGCAGCGGAGCCAACGGAGGGAUCAAGAAGGCCACGUACGACCACGCCAAGAAGAAAGAGGUCGGUGUGAGCGACUUGACGUUGCUUUCGACGAUUACGGACGAGGCCAUCAACGACAACUUGAAGAAGCGGUUUGAAAACGGCAUCAUCUACACGUACAUUGGCCAUGUCUUGAUUUCGGUGAACCCGUUCAGAGACUUGGGCAUCUACACGCUCGACGUGUUGAUGUCGUACAAGAACAAGAACCGUUUGGAGGUGCCUCCCCACGUGUACGCGAUUGCGGAAAACAUGUACCACAACAUGAUUGCCUACAGCGACAACCAGUGUGUGAUCAUCUCGGGUGAGUCCGGAGCAGGUAAGACCGAGGCUGCCAAGAGAAUCAUGCAGUACGUUGCCGAGGUGUCCGGCUCGCUCACAAACUCCACUUCUAUCCAGCGGAUCAAGGACAUGGUGCUCGCCACCAACCCCUUGUUGGAGUCCUUCGGGUGCGCCAAGACCUUGAGAAACAACAACUCCUCCAGACACGGGAAGUAUUUAGAGAUCCAGUUCAACAAGAGCUUCGAGCCCGUCAGUGCCAACAUCACCAACUACCUUUUAGAAAAGCAGAGAAUCGUCAGCCAGAUCAGUAACGAGAGAAACUUCCACAUCUUCUACCAGCUAACCAAGGCGGCCGACGACAACUACAGACAGACUUACGGUAUCCAGCAGCCUGAGCAAUACAUCUACACAGCGAGCGCCGGAUGUACCACCGUUGACUCCAUCAAUGAUACUACAGACUUUGCAGACACCUUGAAGGCCAUGGAAACCAUUGGCCUAUCCAAGGACGAAAUGGAUAACGUUUUCAGACUCCUUUCCGGUAUCUUGUGGAUCGGUAACAUCAGCUUCGUCGAGGACGAGGAAGGUAACUCGCAAAUCAGAGAUACCUCCGUCACCAACUUUGUCGCCUACCUUCUACAGGUCGAUGCAGAGUUGUUGUGUAAGUCGUUGGUGGAAAGAACCAUGGAAACCUCUCAUGGUAUGAAAAGAGGCUCCAUUUACCACGUCCCUCUAAAUCCAACCCAGGCAACGGCUGUCAAAGAUGCCUUAGCUAUGGGGAUAUACAACAACUUGUUUGACUGGAUUGUUGACAGAGUCAAUCAAUCGUUCUCCAAAAACAACCAAGCAAUAUUCAAAUCUAUUGGUAUUUUGGAUAUUUACGGCUUUGAGAUCUUUGAGCACAACUCUUUUGAGCAACUGUGUAUUAACUAUGUCAAUGAGAAAUUGCAACAGAUUUUCAUCCAAUUGACUUUGAAGUCGGAGCAGGAUGAAUAUGUGAAAGAGCAAAUUCAAUGGACCCCAAUCAAGUUCUUUAAUAACCAGAUUGUCUGUGAUCUAAUUGAAUCAAAGAGGCCUCCAGGCAUUUUUGCAGCCUUGAACGACGCAUGUGCAACUGCCCAUGCCGAUUCUUCCGCUGCAGAUCAAUCUUUUGCGCAAAGAUUGAACAUGUUAUCAUCUAACGCUCAUUUCGACUUGAGAGGUAGUAAGUUUGUCAUCAAGCAUUAUGCGGGUGACGUCACCUACGAUAUAAAUUCAAUGACCGAUAAGAACAAAGAUCAAAUGUUGAAAGAUUUAUUAGAAAUGCUACAGACUUCCCAGGAUCCAUUCUUGAAAGCACUCUUUCCAAACAGAGUUGACGAAUCGAAUAAGAGAAGACCUCCAACAUCAGGUGAUAAAAUUAAAACCAGUGCAAACUUGUUGGUAGACACCUUAUCACAAGCAACCCCAUCCUAUAUUAGAACAAUCAAGCCCAACCAACAUAGAUCUCCUUCAGAAUACGACACAAAGGCUGUCCUGCACCAGGUCAAGUAUUUGGGUUUGAAAGAAAACGUUAGAAUCAGAAGAGCAGGUUUUGCCUACAGACAGACUUUCGAGAAAUUCGUCGAAAGAUUUUAUUUAUUAUCGAUCAAGACUUCCUAUGCCGGUGAAUACAUCUGGACUGGAGAUGCUAGAACUGCAACGGAGAUUAUUUUGAAAGACUCCAAUUUUGAUCCUUCAGAAUGGCAAUUGGGUGUUAGUAAAGUCUUUAUUAAAAAGCCAGAAACAUUGUUUGCAUUGGAAGAUCUCAGAGAAAAUUACUGGGCAAAUAAAGCUAAGGUUAUCCAAAGAGCUUGUAGAAAAUGGUUGAGAAGAAGAGAAGAAGCAGCCAGAAUUGUACAAAGACUUUGGAGGGCAAGAUCAAAGGGUAUUUCCCAAGAGAACCAAUACACUGAGAUGAGAGAUUAUGGUAACAAGAUUGUCUACGGUAAGAAGCAAAGAAGAAGAUUGAGUCUGUUAGGCUCAAGAGGUUUCUAUGGUGAUUACUUAGGCUGUAACGAUAAAACAGGCGGUUUUGGUAAAUUCAUCAUGAACUCCAUUGGCUUGCGUGAAAAGGUCCAAUUUUCAGCCAAGGGUGAGCAAUUACAUUCCAAGUUCGGUAGAUCAUCGCAAAGAUUACCAAAGAUUUUCAUCAUAACGAGGGACAAGUUUUUGGUUGUCGGACAAACUAUUGUCAACAACAAGGCCAAGUAUACAAUAGAGUUUAACAAAUUGAUCACUCAGAUCCCGGAAGUCAGUGUAUCUAACUUAGCAGAUGAUUGGUUGGCAGUCAAUCUUCAUUCAAAGACAGAAGCAGAUCUAUUUGUCAAUUGUAUCUUCAAGACUGAGAUGCUGGCCAGAUUCAAAAAGGGAAAUCCGAAUAUCAAAAUUAGUAUUUCGUCUACUGUUGUCUACUGUAAAAAGCCCGGCAAGAAGCAUACAGUCAGAUUCAAGCUGGCUGCUAGCUCCGCCAAAACUGGGGACGCCUAUAAAUCAAGUACAGUUUCUGUUUCUCAAGGUACUGAACCAACCGCGAGAAACAGAGAAACACCUCGGAUCAAGACAGCAUUUACAGGUGACAAAAUUGCUGCAUACAAGAGAAGUGCUCAAUCACGUGGUCUUAAGAACUCCAUGACCGCCGCCGCCUCAGCUGCUUAUCAUCCUGCCACUCCAAAUGCUAAUUCCCAUAGCAACGGUCUGAGCAAACCUGCACCUCCGGUUUCAAGGCGCCGUGAAGCUGCCACAUCUUCUGUUCCAGCACCACCUCCUGCUGCAAACAAGCCAAAGCUAACCGUCAAGUCGAAGCAGGCUCCACCUGUUUCUAGAAACAGAAUCCCUCAAACUGUACCAGCUGCUACGAACCCAACACCAACUCCUCCGCCACCUCCACCUCCACCUCCAGCCGCAGCACCAAAAUGGCCAACCUACAGAGCCGAGUAUGACUACCCUGGCACCAACGGUUCCAUGCCACUGGCCAAAGGUGAUAUCGUCUACAUACUACAGUCAGAGCCUAGUGGAUGGUCGUUAGCUAAGACUCUGGACGAAACCACAGAAGGGUGGGUCCCAACUGCUUACAUUGCCGAAUGCGCUCCUCCUGCCAACGGUGGAGGUCACUCUGCGGCUCCACCAGCCCCAGCUGCUCCUGGCUUUUCCAACUCCACCCCUGCACAGGCUGCCACCGGUAACGGCAACAUUGCAGGUGGUUUAGCUGCCGCUCUGAUGGAGAAGAAGCAGGAAGAAACGACAAUGGCUAGCGAUUUGGCGGCAGCGAUCAGACAGCAUGCACGUAGAGAGAGUGAUGACGAAGACGAGGACGACGAUGACUGGUGAUGUGUGAAAUGUGAAGUGUGUAUAUUAUAUUAUGUACAAGCGUAUUUCUAAUAACUGUUUUGUUUACUUUGAAUUUAUGACAUAGCAUGAACAAAGCCUAAGAAAGAUGACCAGAAG